AUGUCGUCCCGGCCCCAGAACAUUGGCAUCAAAGCCAUUGAGAUAUACUUUCCGAGUCAGUGUGUUGACCAAGCCGAGCUGGAGAAGUUCGAUGGCGUCAGCCAGGGCAAAUACACAAUUGGCCUUGGGCAGACCAAGAUGAGCUUCUGCGACGAUCGAGAAGAUAUCUACUCUUUCGCCCUCACUGCGCUGUCCAACCUCCUCAGCAAGUACCAGAUCGACACAAACUCCAUUGGCCGCCUGGAAGUCGGCACGGAAACCAUUCUCGACAAGUCCAAGUCGGUCAAGUCGGUCCUGAUGCAAUUAUUUGGCGACAACACAAACAUUGAGGGGGUGGACACGGUCAACGCCUGCUACGGCGGUACCAACGCCGUUUUCAACACGAUCAACUGGAUCGAAUCGUCUGGUUGGGACGGAAGAGAUGCAAUCGUCGUGGCAGGUGAUAUCGCUCUCUACGCCAAGGGCAAUGCGAGACCAACUGGUGGAGCUGGUGCAGUUGCCAUGUUGAUUGGACCUAAUGCUCCAAUUGCUGUGGAGCCUGGUCUGCGAGGGACCUACAUGCAGCACGCAUACGACUUCUACAAGCCAGACCUCACUAGCGAAUACCCAAUUGUUGAUGGUCAAUUUUCCAUCAGAUGCUACACCGAAGCCGUGGAUGCAUGCUACAAAGCAUACAACAAGCGAGAGGCUGUACUGAAGUCUGCUCUCAACGGGCAUAGCAACGGCGAUAGUGCCCAUUCGGACGAGUCGGCAGCGUCUAAGACCCCUCUCGACCGAUUUGACUACAUGGCCUUCCACGCCCCUACCUGUAAGCUCGUGUCGAAAUCAUAUGCACGAAUGCUCUACAAUGACUACCUGGCCGAUCCUUCUGCCCCGAUCUUUGCCGAUGUGCCUCCUGAACUGCGCGACAUGGAUCGUGUCCAGUCGCUUACUGACAAAGUGGUCGAGAAAACUUUUAUGGCAUUGACAAAGAAGCGUUUCAACGAGCGUGUGCAGCCCAGUAUCGAAGUCCCUACAAUGUGCGGAAACAUGUAUUGCGCAAGUGUAUACGGAGGACUGGUCAGCCUACUGAGCAAUGUCGACAGCGCCACCUUACAAGGGAAGAGAAUAGGGGUGUUCAGCUACGGCAGUGGUCUGGCUUCUAGUCUGUUCUCAUUGAGGGUCACUGGCCCCACCGAUGUCAUCCAGAAGACAUUGAACCUGAAGGAGAGACUUGCGGCCCGCCGAACGGUGGCCCCAGAAAUAUAUGACCAGAUGUGCGAGUUGCGCAAGAAAGCUCACUUGCAAAAGAGCUACACACCUGCUGGCAGUGCCGAGACCAUUGCCAAAGGUACUUAUUAUCUCGAGAGUGUCGAUGACAUGUUCCGCCGUAAAUAUAGCGUCAAGGCGUAA